GCAUACAACAUUCAUCUGUGUAUAAUGGGGGCAUACUACAAGAGUCCUAUCUUGCACCCAAGCCGGGUCCUAUCUUGCAAUUAACCGGGCGCCGGGCGAUUUUUACCCCACGGUCGUCUUUUAUUUUUGGCGCCCGGUUUGGGAGAAGUAACAUUUCCCAUUUCACAUGGCCGGCACUAAAUAUUUACAAAUCUGACUAUAAAAACUUACUUGAUAAAUGUUUCAACGUGGACUGAAUGAGCCCUAACAAAUCAUUUUACAAUGAGAAUCCUAAAAUCCUUUCAUGAUUGCAGAGACCAGCUAGCUGAAAAACAACGCGUGCACAUAGCUGGCUUAGGCCACAUGCGAUAUGUAUACCAUGCUUCUGACUCGUGCAACAUAUUAGCUGCCUCGCGCGGCUGUCGUCCACACUAUAACCAAAGUAAAGGCAGAGAUUGUGGAGCGCCGCAGCGGCUGCACGUCUAUCAUCUUUGCUAUAACUAGCAAGGCGGCGGGUGCAGGCGGUGUUGGCAGAUAAACGUUCUAUUAAGGCUCCACCUCCGCCUCCGCCUUGUUGAAUAGAAAGUUAAACUUUCAAUUCAUGAAAAUAUUUGCACAUAUUACCAAGUUGUGUAUUCCUUAACUUGCGAUAUAGAAAAAAUUGAAGAAAACAAUCAUAAUGCGAAAUAUUCCCUACCCCUUCAAUUGAUCGCCCACCCUGAUAUAAUUAUACUGAAAGUUAAAAACUAUUGAAGAGUUGCAAAAUGAGUAAAAAACGUAAUAAUUAUUGUACUUGAAUAGAUUAAUUUUUACAUGAUUAAAUGGCAUGUAUGGUAAUGGUGACUCUGCCUCAUUGAAUAAAAAGUUAAACUUUCAAUUCAUGAAAAUAUUUGCACGUAUUACCAAGUUGUGUAUUAUAACUUGCGAUAUAGAAAAACUUGAAGAAAACAAUCAUAAUGCGAAAUAUUCCCUACCCCUUCAAUCGAUCGCCCACCCCAAUAUCAUUAUACUGAAAGUUUAAAAACGUCCCUAAUGAACGGACAGUAAUGGCUCAAACUACAUCAUCCUCACAUCUUCCCUUGUCAUCAUGGCGGAGCACGCGAGUCUCUUCAAAUUUGGAUUUACUCGUAAGCAGAGAGAGGAUAAGCAAGAAAGGGAAAAACCAGGAGAUAGACCCAGCACAUCAACUCAAAUUCAACCAUCAGCUCCAUCGCAGGAGCAAGUAAUCGGAUAUGCCCCAAAAAAGUAAAAAAGGAUGGCCCUCGCUUUGUUAGGGUGCUAAAUUUACAGAAGUGGCAGAAACAAACUGGAGAUGAUGAUCCAGGGUUCAAAUCCAAACGCCCGGACCUUACCUGGAUCAGAUAUGAAAGUGCUGGUAAUGUGGUUUCGAAAGUCUGGUGUCUUUUUUGUAGAAGAAAGCUCGAGAUCGUUCGCCAAUUCAACGAGGCAGCUGGAAUUACGCAAGAUGUUGACGCCUAUGUUAACGGAACUUUUAAUAUCAAGAAGACGAAUUUGCGAACAUCAUGCUCAAUCCAAAGGUCAUGAAAACGCAAAAGCUGCAUGUAUUGCUGAAGACACUGCACCAGCUGAGAGACCGCUGGAACGAUUGGUACUUCGUAUGCACCGCAAUGUCUUCGAUUGGCUUGUGAGACUGUUUCAAAUUGCAUACUUCAUAGCCAAGGAGGAACAACCCUUCACUAACAUGUCAAAGUUAGUGGGUCUUGAGAAGCUCCACUGUGUUGAUCUUGGAAAUGCCUACGCUAAUGACCAAGCUUGCCAGAAAUUUACCAGAUACAACGCCCAAAUACUGAGGGAGCCUCUUCAGAAGCAUUUGAGAUCUGGAUUGAAACCACCGCAUCCUCGAGAAUCACCAAGUUCAACCUACUGCUACCACUCACUGUUCACAGACAGGAUAACUGAUAGGUCCGAUGCAGAGCGAGAAGUAGUGUACGUCAAGAUUUUUCAGAAUGGUGAAGCACAUAUGAAAAUGAUGGGACUCAUAGAUGUUGACCACGCCACUGCCACCGCUGUCAAAGAAGCCUUGGUUAAGCACUACAAAGAAUUUCUGGGCCUAGGUGAAGAUGAGGUGGACUUCGCUACCACAGGAUGUAUUGGUGCUGGUACAGAUGGCGCUGCCAUUAACUUUGGGGUACAUCGUGGAAUGAUGGCACAACUUCGCAACGAAAUGCCUUGGCUAAUAGCAGUUCACUGUGUUGCUCAUCGACUUGAGCUAGCGGUUAAAGAUGCCUUCAAGAAUUCUUUCUUCUCAAACCAGGCAGGUGCAGCUAGCUGUAUAGGCAACUAUUUAAAAAAAUGAAUAGAAAUAAAUUAAUUUCGACUUUCACUUUACAAACUUGUUAGAAAGUCAAAAAAUAUUACAAAUAUCAGAACAGGAGUGGCUCCACUCUAACGAAUAAGGAACUGGUCCUCGAGUUUCCGUAGUGUCGUUAGAGUAGGGGGUAAUGCGCCAGCUAAUUACUCCAAAGGGUGCCUGUUCUGAAUAAAAACAACUGAAUUCUAAGUUUUAAAUCAUCUAAAAAACGUUCUGAUUUUCAAGUUAUGCGCCUCUAAAGGUAUAAUUACUAUCAAUUCUUAAUAUUGAACUAUGAAAAAAUAAGUCUAUGACCUGUAUCUCGUUCGUAUUUAUACAGAUUCAGCCAGUGCUUCUGAAGGUGUUUGCCUUCUAUUCAAGAUCUCCCAAAUGCUAUCGUGAGUUGAAGGCUGUGGCUGAUAUGAAGCAUGUGAAGGUGAUAACACUGAAGAGGGCUGAAGGAACCUGAUGGGUCGCACACAGGUUGCAGUUCAUGGAGGCGUGUGUGCGAAAAUACCCGUCUCAUCACCCACUGGGAGGACGUCACCAACCCUGCCAGGACAGAUGUCAAAGACACUGACAAAGCUGUCAACAGGGGCUUCCUGGCACGCCUCAAGGAGACAAAAUUCAUGGCACUGGUGGCCUUCUACAUGGACGUAAUGAGAUCUCUGAGUGCCAUCUCUAAGGUAUUUCAGAGUGCAGAUCUCUCUCUCCAGGUAGUGACCGAAACAGUCCAUGUCCAUGUGAGAACACUUCGCAAGUUACUGUCUGAACCUGAAGUAAGCGGCAUCAUGGUGAUUGAGUUCAGAGGAAAUAUAGAAGAUGGAGAAGAUGAGACCAUCACAUACAGAGAGGUGGAGGUGGAAGGAUGCUUGGAAGAUGCUGAAAUUGCUCUGGUUAAAGAGAGAGAUACUAUCACCUCGUCCAUCGUGGAGAAGUUGGAGGAACGAUUUGCUGAUUUCACCAAUCACCCCAUCCUUAAGAGUUGCGAAAUCUUCGACCACACCAUAUGGCCAGAAGAUAUGGACAAGCUUUCAUCGUAUGGGGAUGAACAGGUCUCAACCCUCCUGAACCACUUCCAAAUCCCUCUUCAAAAACAGGGGGUUGAUCUUGUCACAGCGAAGAAGGAAUGGGGGCAGCUCAAGCAACAUGUUGCCACCUACUAUAAGGAAGUUCAUAUGCAACAAUGUGGAAGGCAAUCUUCAAGAAGAAGAGGGAUACCUUCUCCCACAUCUUACACCUUGUCGCCAUCGUAAUGGUGCUGCCAAUCUCCAACGCCCAACUGGAAAGAGCCUUCUCUGCAAUGGUCAGGGUGUUGACAGAUUGGAGGAGGUCGCUGAAGACAGCCAUCCUCAGCGACCUCCUGCUCAUUACGAUGGAGGGGCCUGCAGAUCCUGGUGCCCGUGAUGCCAAGGCAGGCGCUAGCAAGUGGCUCCUGGAUGUCGGGAACAUUUGCCCUAACAGGAAAGAGAGAAACAAGGAGGCAGUGGCAGAGGUAGGCCAAGAUCAUCAAGAUGAGUUCGGGGUUGAGAUGGGAGAUGACCAGGAGGUUGGAGAUGAAUUUGACAAGUUUGGGGUGGUAGAGUUAGGUAGCGAGAAGCAAGUUGAAACGGAUGAAGGUGACCGCGAAGGAGUGGGACUCAUAAUCAAUACUGAUGAUGAUAUUACUGCUGGCGAUGAAGUGAUAACUAUUGUUGAGUAACUUUAUUUUGAAUUCAUUUCAAUUCAUUUAUUUUCCACAAUAAAAACCAGACAAAUGUACAAGGUAAGAAAAUAAGUUGUACAGAUUUGACACAUAAAGCAAAUGUAAAACAGAAACGUAAACAUAAAACUGUAGUAAAUGCUAUGUAGCUUUUAUGAGUUUCGGGUGUUAUAACAAUGUACAUCACCUAGUUGCACAUCACCGUUGCAUCUAAACCAGUUUUGAAGUGAGUUUGGUAAUAGUCCCUUUUCAGACCUGUACAUAAAGUCUCCCAGUGGUAACCUACUCAGUUCAUAUACAGUCAAAACCCGGCCGUAAUUGUUUAAAGGUACUGUUGGUAUGGGCCAAACAAUGAGAUUCUCAAUUAUGCAUAUUACACGUUUUUGCAACAAAUAUAAAGGAUUUACCAAUGUAUUUGAUGCAUUUAUCCAUAGCAUAUUCCCAUAUUGUAAAUGAGGUAGAAUUAAUGAAAUGUAUAGUAAAAGCAGUACCUUUGACUGUAAUACAAAUUUCAGUUUUGACAUACCUCCAGUAAUUCUCUAGAUCUUCAAUGCAAUAUCAUUAAUAUGUAAAGACCAUGAUAACUUGUCAUCAAUAUUAAGUCCAAAGAAGCAGGUACUCCCUUAUAAUGGCCAUGUCCCAUGGAACUAUUAUUUAAAGGUUAUUUAAAGUUAUUAUUCAUUUUGGUUUAUUUAUUUAUGUUAUGUUUAACCAUGCCUUGGCUGAUAGCACUGUGCUACCACUGCUGUGCAGUGUUUAUUUAGUGUACUGACAGACCAAUGAAUAAAUAAAAGGCAACGGUUAACAAAUAAUUGAAAGAAUACGUGUUUUCAUUCAUUUUGAAAAUGGCCCCUGAUCCUGGAAAAACGGCUCCUGGUUCUCUCAAAAAUUUAAGGACCGGGAGCCACUUUUUCAGAUAUUUGGCUCCCGGUCUGCUUUGACUUAACAAAAGGCUUGCUUGCACCCCAGGGCAACGUGUCUGACAAGAUACUUUAAUCUUGAUCUAAGGAGGAACGAACGAACGAUCUGUGUUUAAGCUUGUGAUUGAAUUACUGAGUGACGCAAAACUUAAAUGAAAAUGAAACCCAAAAUACUUUAGCUGAUAGCCUUAUUAAAAAUUGUGAGCCAGACCUGGGGAGGAUUUCAUUAACACUUGUGAUGUACCGUUAACCCUUCGUAUGGGCUUGAACCCAUCAUAACCUCGCCAAACCCAUUGCCCAUGGAUAUUGGGUUGCAUUUGGAUUUCACUAAACUCCUGCGAAGGUUUAACCCGUCGCUAACCCAUCGCAGCUCAGCUGAUGCUCAAAGAGUGACGGAAGAGCUGCGAUGGGUUCAAAAUCAUAAAUUCCUGUCAUAGUGGCGUGUAUGGUGGAAAAUCCUUAGUUUGUUCAAUACUGAUUAUUAAGAUUAAUUUUCCUGCUUUAUUGUUUAAUCCAUUUUUGAAUCUGUUUAUGUUAUUUUGUUUCUUGUAUCAUGUUCAUGUCAUGUUCCUAAUUUCGGGGGCAGGGAACUUUCUUGAUGUUUAUAGAGAUUCAGAUGAGUUGGAGUGAAUUUUUUUCUCACAUAUCUUUCUUUUGAAACCUUGAUUACCCCCUUCCUUUUUAAGGUAUUUAGAAGUGACAUAGCAGUAGUUGCAUCAUGACAAGGAUAUUCUUUUCCUGAAAUGUUAUCAUUCAAAUUGUACAAGAAAUUAGACAAUGAUAAGUCAAACACACACACUGUUACAAGACAUGAUAAAGAUAGUAAGUGUAAUGCUAGGGUUUAAUAAUGAUAUUGCCAGCAGGAAAUUCAGUUGAUAUAUCGUACAUAUAAAAGCAGUGGCAUGUCAGAUGUUAUGUCAUAUAUCUAGUACAGAUGUAGAAGCUUUGAUAGUGCUUGGACAUUCUA